UGACAGGAGGAAGCUUCUCCUUAUUCUUUGCUUGAUAUCUGUUUGAAUUUCCUGACUGCCAACCUAGAGAAGUUUUGCACGGAAAGGCAAGAUGGAACACUAUGCUUGCAGGAGCCAGGAAUGUUUCCUCAAGAAGUGGCUGAUCGAUUGCUGCAGACGAUGGCAUUUCAUGGGCUUCUGAAUGAUGGAACUGUGGGCAUCUUCCGAGGCAACCAGAUGCGUUUGAAACGAGCGUGCAUCCAGAAAGCAAAAAUCUCUGCCGUGGCUUUCCGGAAAGCAUUCUGCCAUCACAAGCUAGUAGAACUUGAUGCUACUGGGGUGAAUGCAGAUAUAACAAUCACAGACAUUAUAAGUGGACUUGGCAGCAAUAAAUGGAUCCAACAAAAUCUGCAAUGCCUUGUGCUGAACUCACUAACCCUCUCUUUAGAAGACCCGUACGAGAGGUGCUUCAGUCAGUUGUCUGGGCUUCGUGCAUUGAGUAUUACCAAUGUUCUAUUCUACAAUGAGGACUUGGCAGAUGUUGCUUCACUUCCUAGAUUAGAAAGUCUGGAUAUAUCGAACACCUCUGUCACUGACAUAACAGCACUACUCACCUGCAAAGACCGACUCAAGUCUUUGACCAUGCACCACCUGAAAUGCUUGAAAAUGACCACAACCCAGAUUCUGGAUGUUAUAAGAGAACUAAAAUACCUGAAUCACCUUGAUAUUUCGGAUGACAAACAGUUCACAUCAGACAUAGCACUUCGUUUGCUGGAACAGAAAGAUAUCUUGCCUAACCUUGUGUCUUUGGAUAUUUCUGGAAGAAAACAUGUUACGGAUAAAGCUGUAGAAGCAUUUAUUCAGCAACGGCCCACAAUGCAGUUUGUAGGCCUGCUAGCUACUGAUGCAGGCUACUCAGAAUUCCUAACAGGAGAAGGAAACCUAAAGGUGUCGGGAGAAGCAAAUGAAACUCAGAUUUCUGAAGCACUGAAGCGUUACAGUGAACGGGCCUUCUUUGUGAGAGAAGCACUAUUUCAUUUAUUCAGCCUGACGCAUGUGAUGGAGAAAACAAAGCCUGAAAUUUUAAAGCUUGUGGUUAUUGGAAUGAGAAAUCACCCCCAGAACUUGCCUGUGCAGUUAGCAGCAAGUGCGUGUGUCUUUAACCUAACCAAGCAAGACUUAGCAGCAGGCAUGCCUGUGCGACUUCUGGCAGAUGUCACUCACUUGCUCCUGAAGGCCAUGGAACACUUCCCAAAUCAUCAACAGCUUCAAAAGAAUUGCCUUCUUUCACUGUGCAGUGACAGAAUCCUUCAGGAUGUUCCAUUUAACAGAUUUGAAGCAGCCAAACUUGUUAUGCAGUGGCUGUGUAAUCAUGAAGAUCAAAACAUGCAAAGGAUGGCUGUAGCCAUAAUUUCCAUUCUUGCUGCAAAGCUUUCAACAGAGCAAACAGCUCAACUUGGCGCAGAGCUCUUUAUUGUUAGGCAACUUCUACAGAUAGUUAAACAGAAAACAAAUCAGAAUCUUGUAGAUACUACCCUCAAGUUCACAUUGAGUGCACUUUGGAACCUCACUGAUGAAUCUCCAACAACAUGUCGGCACUUCAUUGAGAAUCAAGGGCUAGAACUUUUCAUGAGAGUCUUAGAG